CCCCGAGGUCUUCCAUUCAGCUGCCGCGCUUGGUCAUGAUCACAGCACGAGGAUCAAGACCCCUGAGUAGACAAACAGAACCUUGAGCUUGUGUAUAAGGGAAGCAUUCUUCAUUAGGUCAUGGCAGGAGAAGGCGCUAGGAGACCGACAGCCGCAUGGCCAGCAAGAAAUCCCAUCACGAAUUGUCCUUCCGCUCAUGUCCAGUCUGCUGUUGGUAGUGUCUAUUCGAGCUUCUCGGACACGCACCGACUUCGGGCCGCAGUCUAUGGCCAGCAAUGCAAGAGCAGGCCGAAAAACCACAUUGUCGGCGCAACCUGAGUCGUGCCAGACUCUAGUGUGUCCGGUCAUGGAGCCCCGCUGCUCUCGCCGUUGGCGGAGAUUGAGUGCCAUCAGCGGCGUCCGACUACACUCCACUCACAAGACACCCUAUGCUCACAGAUUCAAACAAACAAUAACACUGUCACUGUGUUCAGAAGUCUGUCAGCCAGCGGACAUAGUGGGUAGUAUCAUACCGAAUCUUCAUACUGAUUGUCUUCGCCGUCAACAGAUCUUACUGUCCUCCUGUUUUACCUGAUAUGGUCGGACAGUCCGAUGUUGCUUCAAACGAUCAGGUUUUGGCUCUCAUGAUGUCUUGUAACAGUGCGAGAGUGUUCAUGCUGUGCAGGCAAUGUACAGUUUAUGACAGGUGCUACACGAGCCA